CUCUCCUAACUCCCUCCGCCUCUGUCUCUUUCCCUUUCGUCUCGCGUGCGUUUCUUGGCGAGGAGGGGAAGGGACUCCGGGGAGGUUCCUGCAGGCUUGGCCCUUUCACUGACGGGGCGCCUCUCCUCCUGGGAAUGGCCCUCAACAAGUCCAUGCACGCGAGGAACAGGUACAAGGACAAGCCGCCCGACUUCGCCUCCCUGGCCUCCAAGUACCCGGAGUUUAAGCAGCACGUGCAAAUAAACCUGUCCGGGAGAGUGAGUGUAAACUUCAAGGAUCCAGAGGCAGUGAGAGCUCUGACGUGUACACUGCUGAAAGAAGACUUUGGGCUGCAAAUUGACAUACCAUUAGAAAGGCUUAUUCCAACAGUUCCCUUGAGAUUAAACUAUAUCCACUGGGUUGAAGAUCUGAUUGCUCAGCAAGAGACUGCUGCUAAAGACUCUGUGAUAUGGGGAAUAGACAUAGGUACAGGAGCAUCUUGCAUUUACCCAUUACUUGGCGCAACUUUGAACGGAUGGUAUUUCAUUGCAACAGAAGUGGAUGAUGUCUGUUUCAGCUAUGCCAAGAAAAAUGUGGAACAAAAUAAUUUAUCUGAUCUUAUAAAAGUGGUGAAAGUACCGCAGAAGACACUCUUAUUGGAUGCAUUAGAAGAAAAGUCUGAAGUUAUCUAUGACUUCUGUAUGUGCAACCCUCCCUUCUUUGCCAACCAGCUGGAAGCAAAGGGAGUAAAUUCUCGAAAUCCUAGAAGACCUCCUCCAAGUUCAGUUAACACAGGAGGAAUCACCGAGAUCAUGGCUGAAGGGGGAGAGCUAGAAUUUGUUAAGAGGAUUAUCCAUGAUAGCCUGCAGCUUAAAAAAAGAUUAAGGUGGUACAGUUGUAUGCUAGGAAAGAAGUGCAGUUUGGCCCCAUUGAAAAAGGAACUUCGAAUCCAUGGAGUUCCUAAAGUCACACACACUGAAUUCUGUCAGGGUCGCACUAUGAGGUGGGCACUGGCAUGGAGUUUUUAUGAAAAUGUCAAAGUCCUGUCACCCCCUUCUAAGAAAAGGAAACUUGAGAAACCCAGGAAACCGUUUACAUUCCUUGUCUUGGCUUCUAUAGCCAAAGAGUUAGCUGUGAAAGCUCCUUCUGUUGGAAUAGAUGCUGUGGAAGAAGUGGCAGUCGUCGGUGCAUGGAUUAGAAAACUUCUUACUGACCUGAAGGUUCAUCAUAAAAAUCUCCCCUCUGAAAAAGAUAAAGUCAGCUUGUUUCUAACAGCUCACGAAAACUCAUGGAUCCAUUUAAGAAGGAAAAAGAGGGAUAGAGUCAGGCAACUGCGUGAACUUCCUCGGGCAUCUGAGGAUUUCCUGCAAGCCACUGAAGAAAAAUCCCAGGAAAAUACCAUUAAUGCCACAGAGUGUAAAGAAAACAAGGCUGAAACCACAGAAGAAACUUCUGCAGCUCUGGAUUGUAAUCUGGAGUCACCAGAAGGUGACAAACUAAAUAGUGCACAAGACACUAAAGAGGAAGAAAUCUCUAAACACCUUGAAGAAAACAAUAAAGUAGAAGAACCAACCCAGCUUUUAGAAGGCCUAGGAGAGUCCAGUGAUGCAAAAGAGGAUUCAAGGAUCUUGGGACCUGCUUACCUAACGCUUGAAAUAGGAGAGACUGACAGCAGCUCCAGUGAAUGGUUUCUUUUCAAGUGUGUUUUAAAUGUGAAAAAGGAAGGCUCAGACAUCUUAGUAGAAAUGCACUGGAUUGAAGGACAGAACAGAGACUUGAUGAACCAAUUGUGUACUUACCUAAAGAACCAAAUGUUUCGGUUGGUCACAAUUUAAAUACAUACGAAAGACAUUAAUCUUAUUUUUGUAAUCUUACAAAUUGUUUAAUGUUCUUCACUAUGUGGUGAAAGGUAACUGUUUUUAGAAGCCCUUCUGUAUUGUCACGUUCUGGGAUAUACAUGAUGUUAAAAAAACAUCUUAGGCUGGAAUCAAACUAAGCUAGUUGUACUUAGUUUUCUUUAGACUCAAUAAGAUUGACAUUGUGUCUAAAUUUUCACAUUGAUUUCAGUGGAACCCAAGUGCAACUAAUUUAAACCGAACACUGCUGCUUUUGUGUAUCUGAAUGUGAGUAUUCUAGCUCUUGAAUACACACUAAAAUACAGCACUCUAUCUACCUUAGGCAAUGGCAUUGUGCAUUCUUUGUCAAUUUUUCUCCCUGCUCAUUAUUUCGUCCCAGUGGUUUUAUAUCUGCGUCUUACCUACCUUGACAGUUUCCUAAUAAAUACUGCUGAAUCUCA